CUCGAUCUGCGAAGUGCAUGCAAGGAGAGCAUCCAACUGGAGACGGAAAUUUUUCAACCCCUCGCAGGCAGUGGUACUCUGUACGCCUAUUCCACCAAUCGCUUUUGGAGCCAAAUAAAGCAUGCCGCCGCUGUGAUCUACGCCAACCGUCAGGUGCUUGCCAUGUAUCGUCGCACUCACCCACAGCGUCUCGUCAAAGACACGUGUCCGGAACCCAAUUUAAGGGACGAGGUGAAGCAGGAUGGUGACUCCUCAGACGGACCUCGUAUCAUUGGGGAUGUCUGUGUACACGAGACAUCUAAAGUAGACAAAACAGCAGUUCUCUGUUUUGCAACCAGUACCAACCAGAUAUGCCCCUCCCCCCAAACAACGGUCUUUUUCGUCCCCAUAUUACGUUAUCUUGGCUCUGACUCUGUGGGUAUCGCUUUCCGGUGCCGUAACGCGCAUUAG